AUGGCAUCCACACGCCGUCUAACAUCGCGAGUUCUCCCCCAAAUCCACAAACUCCAAGCCCAGCGCCGACACUUCUGGAAAAAGCCCGGGUCUCACGAUCAUGUCCCAGAAGUCAACGCCCGAGAAUUCGACAUAGCUUUCGAUGUUGGAAAAUACCGCCGCACGAGAAGAGAUGGGGCAUUAAAGUUUAUUUCGGAACAUAUGCGAAGAGAAUUCAAGACCCGUCGGUUUUGGACAGAUGUGCUCAUCUUGAGUGCAAUUACGCUCAUGGUUCCGCCUUGGGAAGACACCCCUAAAAAUCGCGAGUGGGUGGAGAAGUACGGCCUACCGAAGUGGUUUCUGGUGAAGAGUAGGAGACAGAAGGAGGAAGAGGAGGCUGCUGGCGCGAAUCAUCGGGGAUGUGGAUCGGAAGAAGAUGGGUUGGUUGAGGAGUGGGCGAAGAUGCAAUAG